AUGGCAUUAGUCUCUCCCAUGGAGGAGCCUGCUGCUGUCGCCGAUGAGGUUGAGAUGGUGAUGUGUCACUGCUGCGGGUUGGAGGAGGAAUGCACGCCGGGAUAUAUAGCGCGGGAAAAGAAAAAGCACCAGGGGCGUUGGAUCUGCGGGCUUUGCGUGACGGCGAUCGAGGAUGAUAGGAUGAAGUCGCAGAGGAAGAUCACUGCCGAUGAGGCCAUCAGACGCCAAGCCAAGUUAGUUGAGAACUUUCGGUCGUCGUCCACGCCUCCCAGAAGGAGUGUGGAUUCUUCCGCGGCGGAGGAGAAGGGGGAGGACUUGUUGAUCUCGAAGGUGAUGGAGCUCCUGCGGCGGACGCUGGACUCUCCGAGAAGGGGUUCCGGUAGCGGGGCGUUUGAUCGCCAUCUUUUGAGGUCGAAGAGCUACUUUUCGACUGUAGGAGGAGAGAAGGAUCUGUGCUAA